AAGCUGUUUUUGAGCUGUGUUUAGCAACUUGUCAUUUACCAAAUCGUUUCUCUUUGUUUUAAAUGUCUCUAGGAAAAAAGAAGGAAACAAAUGCAAUUGCUUUAAAAUCGCUUUUGCGCGAACCAGCAAACAAAAUAUGUGCGGACUGCAAACGUAAUGAACAACCAAGAUGGGCCAGCUGGUCUUUAGGUGUAUUCAUUUGCAUCAGAUGCUCUGGUAUCCAUCGAAGUCUCGGUGUUCACAUCAGCAGAGUGAAAUCUGUAGAUCUAGAUGCUUGGACGGAUGAGCAAACUGAAAAUAUGCAACGAUGGGGAAAUCAAAGAGCAAACAUGUAUUGGGAAGCAAACUUAACAGAUGGCCAUAUUCCUUCAGACAGCAAAGUUGCAACCUUUAUCCGAACAAAGUAUGAGUUACGGAAAUGGGUAUUGAGUCGUGAGAUUCCUUCUCCCGAGACACUUAUUCCAUUUGAGAAAAUGAACCCUUCCAUUUCUUCACCUGAGCCGAUUGCUCCUGGAAAACCAGCGGCUGCGAGCAUGCCUUCUAUAUCCAAGGAACCAUUGCGUUCUCAAAGCGAAGCUUCCAUGAUAGAUAUUGCUUCUAUGAAUACAUCAGAAAAUUAUCGCUUGCCAAACCCUGGUGCUUCCUCUACAGCUUCUACUCCUAAUUUGACGUCUCUGUCCUCCAAUAAUACGUCAACUGCUCAGGCUAAUCGACAGAAAGACCUCAAAUCGUCAAUACUCUCCUUAUACGCUUCGCCUCGCCCCAUGUCAGCCGUCAACUCACCGGUAUCUUCGUUUUCUAACAUUCCGUCGACAUCUACAUCGACUGUUCAAGGGGCACAACAAUAUGCUAGUCUUCAGUCACCGGUCUCCAGUGCUUCUUUUGUUGCUGACAAAUGGAAGAUGCCUCUUUUUGGUUCAACAAAUCCUUAUUCCUAUGCUCGAGAACCUGGUAUGCAGCCUCAACCUCCACGGAGAACCCAAUCUGCUAUGGAUCAUAAUAUAAUGAAUACCCAUGAUGUGUGGAAGUAACUUGCACAGCCGCGAAUGAAAAUUGUGCAAUCUUUACGUUUCUAUAUUUAUUCUUUGCUGCUACUUUAGAAGGAACAAAACAGGCACGAUUUAUUACAUAACCUGAUUUAUUAACAGUCUUUGAUAUGCCCUUUUUAAAUGUGUAUUCAAUCAUUUUUAUGAUGAUAGUUUGAUCGUUUUUAAUUACUUUCUUGUCCAAUUUUUGAGUUGUUGUAACAAUGAUCCACUCUGAAGCUACCCUUUUUUUUAAAAAAAAUGGCAAGAACAGCAUCAUAAUGGAUCAAAUUCACUAAGAUAACUACUUUCUUUACUUUAUGAAUUCAUUGAUAGGUUUUUUUUUUUCUUAAUAUUUUCUUUGACAAGACCUUUCCUUAAUAUUUUUUUUGACAAGACGAUGUUUGUGUACAUGGUUAGGUGAUGUCUAAUCCAACGAAUGAUAAUUCUAGGACAUGGCACCGUUGUAUUGAGAAAUUGAGAAAUUCGCAAGCCAAUUAAAGAAAGGUCUGUCUUUGAGAUUUGGGUAAGAUGUAAAUCAACAAUGCCUUUUAGGGAUUGAAGUAGAUCUCAUUAAAACGGAGAAGCUACGUGCUGCAAUGUGAGAACGGCUAUUUCUAAAAAGCUUUUAGAGAACUUUGAUACUGCUACAUAGAGGGAGUUGCUAUGCAC